UCCAAACGCCUCCAGAACCACACACCCACAAACCCAAUUUGAAUCUCACAAAACACGACACAACACCACAACACAACACAGCAACAACACAGCAACAUCACCACGCAAGCGCCGUAUGUCUCUCCAUCUACUCCUACAAGAGUGCGGAGGAGAUGACGAUGGCGCCGGUAGUGAUAUGGACGUGUGUAUAGAGAACGAUGGCCCUCCCGCUCCCCCUGCCAGCAGCAGCAGUCCUCCUCUCGCGGGCAGCACGUCCUCCUCCCUGGGCUCCUCAAUGCCCCAAGAGUACCAAGCACAAGGGGCCGGUGACGACCCCGAUCAGCCUGUAGAUGUUGCGUUCCAAGCACAAGGGGCCGGUGAAGACCCCGAUCAGCCUGUAGAUGUUGCGUUAGACUCUAGCCCUCACAGUCCGAGCGCGGACGUUGCUGAUGGCGAUGGCGCGAGACCACUUUGUGAAGCAGCGGAAGCACACCCAGCACUACAAGAACGAGAGACGCCGCAAACACCAACGAGCGCCGCGGGAGGCGCAGGUGGCGAAGGUCCUGAGGCCACACCAACGGCUGGCAGUCCUGAGUAUAGUGCCGAUGCAAUGGCAGCAAGGCUUGCCUCCAUUCCUCUCGAGGGGCAGAGCAUCGAGGGCGUGGAGGCCGCAGUGGUGGGAGCGUUCCUGGAGUUCGGGGUAGAGAUGAAACGGUGCGACUCAAAAAAAAGCAGCAAGGAGCCUGGAGCGCGUCUGAGGUUGAUUGGACUAGCGUGCAAGCACGCCAUGAAGAAUCGGCAGAAGGAGUACAGAGAGGGAGAUGGAGCUAACAGCGGCAAGCGGCGGAAGUCAAACAGCAGGAGGACAAACUGCGCCGUGAAGGGGUACAUCCGGUGGCCCGUUAACGUGGGGAACAAGCACCCUGACCCUAUCCUGAGCUUCAAGGAGUUGAACCACAACCACCCGGUGAACAAGGGCGUUGUUGACGAAGUUCGUCGGCAGACGAAGCCUUUGGACACCCCGACGAAGGACGCGUGUGUAAAGCUCACAGGCAAGUACGCGGGCUUCAAGCCGGCGGUUCAAGGCAAGAUGAUCCAAGCCCUUACUGGUGAACGCCCGAACGCCCGAGCCAUCCAGGACCGCCGGCUCCUUUAUGUGGACAUGGUGAAGAGGACCAAUGCGGCCGUGAGCGCUGGGGUGGAGCUGGUUCCUCCUGACACUCUGCGUGCCAUCGUAGAGACUUUCGAGAGUAGCCUGAACGCCGCGGCGAGGAUCUCUUCGGGUCAGGGGGUUGUGCUUGGCAACCCACAAGCUGUGCGCCAACCAGCCAAGAGAAGUCAAGGUGCUAGAGCAAAAUCUAGCCUUGAAUACGGCGGGGCAAGGGCUAGGAGACGCGCGCAAGCCCCCACUUGAGAAAUUUGUUGAGCUGGCCGAGUUCCUGUUCAGGCGUGGCCGAGUAGGGCCACGAGUUAAGUUGAACGGAGUUGGGUGACAGCGUGCUGUCCCUGUUUUGCGUUUGUGUUUGUCGACCCCGCGCUGUGCAUCCAAGGUCAUGGAUGGGCACAAUGCAUCAUUGGGUGGAUGAUGGGUGUUUCAACGUUCUCAAGCGGUGUCGGCGUGAAUUGAUGGUGUUUUUCUACCGAGUACGAGUUGAAAGUGAGCACUUCGAAAGUACGUAGUUUAGCAACGUCAUUUUGCAUUUCGACUGAUUGGUGUUGUGCUCGAGGGCACGUCCG